AUGGCAGACCUCUAUCGGAUCGAGCAGGGGGAGAAUGAACAUCCGAAGGCAUAUCUACAAAGUUUCAUUGACCUCGUAGAUCAAAUCCACGAUGUCGACCCGAUUACCGCAACCAAUCUCUUCGUGAAAAGCUUGCAGGUGGGAUCUCUCUUACACAAAAAUCUCACCAUGACACCGCCUUAUGACAUGGUUGAGGUCCAGACCCGAGCUGAGGGUGUCUUCAGGGUCCUAGAAUUUCGAGAGCGUGCACAAAAGAAAUCCGCACUUAUCUCUGCUCCACCAGCAAAUAACCCUCCACCACCUUCUAGAGAUGACAAGAGGAAGAGACACCAGACAGACCAUGCAAAGGAAGGUAAGAGGCCAAGACAGGACCGACAAUCACCGCGAUACCCUUCCUUCGAAUACACCGUCCCACAAGAAGUCAUUUACGAAGAAAAUAAAGAUAGACCUAUCUGGCAUGAGCCGUAUAAGAUUACCACUCCUCUAGACAAAAGGGAUAAAAAUAGAUACUGCCUCUUCCAUAAAGAUCACGGUCAUACGAUCACUGAAUGUCAUAACCUGAACAAUCAGAUCCAAGCCCUCAUGAGAAGUGGGAGGCUAACCCAGUACAUUAAGGAGGCAGGCAGACCCGGCACCUCGCAGCAUAAUCCUUCUUCUGCCCCAGCACCACAAGCAGCAGACCCCGUGCACACAGCCUCUGCAAUCCCACAAGAGCCUCUUAAGCAAGUCCCCAUGAUACAUGGGAUCGUGGAGCUCACUGAAAACCAAGAGCAUGCCACCAAAAUCCAUAAGAGGAUGGAGGAGCGGGUGAAGCGAUAUAGAUCAUUAGGCUACGCGGUCAAUCUUGUCACUUCAGAGGAUAGAAAUUAUCCAGCCUCUGCAAUCGCCUUUACUGACGAUGACCUGCAAAGAGUGCACCUACCCCAUGACGAUCCUCUCGUUAUUUCGUUAUAG